AUGGUAGGCUGGCGGGCGGCGGGCGCUCGCGCCGUUCUUCGCCGACUCGGCGCGGCAGCCACGGACAAGCAGGGUGGCCGUACGUUGGCGGUCAGCUAUAGCAGCAGCUGCCGCAGCAGUAGCGCGAAUUCUCCAUUUGGAUUGGGCCAGUGCACAAGUUUGUUGAGAGCACACACUUCUACCUCCCGGGGAAUUCCAACGAACUUCCAUCAGCUGCUCCACAAUGGAAUAUCGACCACCAGGAACCUUCUUGCUGCAGAUAAUUCUAUGGUUCCCAUUUCUUCUCCGUUGACAACUCCACUAGGGGAUGCAGAAGAGACCAACAAAAAGGGAGCAGUAGUUAAGCGACUGAAAGUCCAAGCCAUCAAGAAGGAUAUCAAGCAGAGCCCCAAGAAGGUGAAUCUGGUAGCCAAGCUGGUUCGAGGAAUGCGUGUUGAAGAUGCCCUUUUGCAGCUGCAAGUGACAGUUAAAAGGGCGGCGAAAACUCUGUACCAGGUGAUCCAUUCUGCCCGUGCAAACGCAGCUCACAAUCACGGAUUGGAUUCUGAUAAACUUAUUGUGGAGGAGGCUUUUGUGGGGAAAGGACUUUACCUUAAGAGGCUGUCUUACCAUGCCAAAGGGAGGUGUGGCGUCAGGGAGAGGCCUAGGUGCAGACUGACGGUGGUGGUUAGAGAAGCAACGGCCGAGGAAGAGGCAAAGAUCGCUAAACUGAGAGUUAGCAACUACAAAAAGCUAACCCGGAAGGAGAAGCAGCUCAUGCCGCACCGGCUUAUUGAGGUUAGCCCCAGGUGGGCUCGGAAAAGGAAGGAGGAGCCUGGUGCCGCAGUGUAG